GGUGGAUGCCUAUAUCCGGGCACUCGUACUAUGGGAGUCUCUCACUCUGGCAGUGUUCGUGCUGGAGGUGUCAGAGAUGAGAACGGGAGACGAACUCGACAGAGUCGCGAACCAUGUAACCGAAAGCGGUCGUGCGAACUCCGCAGAUGUGACUUUAUAAGCUCUCAGAUUCGUUUCCAUCAUCUCCACGGGAGAAACAUCAAGCUGAGCGACGCCAACCGGCACGCCGUGCGAGUGCGUUCGUUCAAACAAGGCCUCCUCUUCAGCAGCCGUCCGUUGAGACCGAACGAGCUCUUCGAAAUCGAAAUCGUCGAGUUGGAGCGAGUGUGGGCGGGCUCCAUCCGACUCGGAUUGACUGACUUGGAUCCGGGAUCGCUGCAGCAAUCUUUCCCUCCCUAUGCGAUUCCCAACCUGACUCAACAACCGGGCUGUUACGUUUUGGCGGGCAGUGCCAUGCACGGGGUUGCUGCCCCGACCGGCGUAAAUCCACAAUUGACGUGGGGAAACGAAGGCUACCCGCUGAACUUAGACAACAGCGCCGUGGUGUGCGACGGAUGUCGGAUAGGAGUGAUGUAUGAUGUAGAGGGUCGCAUGUUUUAUAUGCUCAAUGGAGAGCCGCAGGGUCUGGCUCAAGAGGGACUGGCCAUCGACAGAGACAUAUACGCUAUUGUCGAUGUUUAUGGUCAAGCCAAAGCUGUGCGGAUUGUCGAGAGACGAUUGCCCUCUCUGCAGGAGUGUUGUCGUCUGGCUGUGAGAGAAAUCAUCAAUCAGGAAGACGUCUGUUGGCUACCUCUGCCCUCGAGACUAAAGAAGUAUUUGAGAUAUGAAGAGAUUUGUUAGAGUCUAUAUUCGAGCUUACAGGUAUACGUCGUUCUUUACAUUUUGUUUCAAUUCAUUUUAAAAAGCUGUGGACAGCAUAACGAUUAAACCAGUUGACUAAAGUAGCCUUACCUGGCCUUUCUAGUUUGCUUACUUUUAGAUUUUUAAGGUUUUCUUGCAUAAAGUUUUGUAAAGUUUAAAGCAGUAGAUCUGCACACAAACAAAGUCGAAGGUUACUCACUUGAUUGGUAAA